AUGGGUAGCAGCGGUGGUUGUAGAGACCCUAAUAAUAGGGCUCUGCCUGAGUGCUUCUCGAUCAAAGCUGCAUAUCCUCAGCCUGCAGUACUACUACUCGCUCCAAAACGUAGCUGUACUUCCAACAUGACCCAAAUCCCUUUGUUACCAUUCAACCACCACCAUCAGAUGGUUCCAGUGACGUCGAAUGAGCAAGGCAGAAAUAGCAGUGAUUGUUUUUAUAGUGAUAAACAACCGGCAGCUGCAGCUCCUCCUCGAAGUUCCCGAUGGACUCCAACCCCGGAGCAGAUAAUGCAUCUGGAAGAGCUGUAUCGAUCUGGGAUCAAGACACCGACGGCCCAACAAAUCCGACAGGUGGCUGCUCGGCUUCGAAACUAUGGGAGGGUUGAAGGCAAAAAUGUAUUCUACUGGUUUCAGAACCGCCGAGCCAGGGAGAGGCAGAAGACACGCCGUGAACUCAUGUCCAUGUAUCAGUCUGACUCUAAACAACAACAAAAUUUGACUAACAACACAAUUAGCAGUCUCCGGGACAAAGAAUCUGCAGGAGGUACCAUUUAA